AUGGCAAUUAUUGACGAGAAACCUGUCAAAUUCUUCUGGUCCCAUUUACCCAGCCACAAACAUGUCAAAGAAAAGCCUGGAGUCAUCAAGCUGAAGGUGCCACCAAAAACUCAUGUGUGGGAAAAUACAGAAGAAGAUGGCUCCUCUAUCAACAAUAGUCCAUUUUACUUCCGCAAAGUUCGGGGUGACUUUGAAGCCACCGUCAAAGUCUCUGCCAAAAUGGAUACAUGGUUGGACCAAUGUGGGAUCCUCCUGGAAGAAGCACGUGGAAUCUAUAGCAAAGUCUCAUUGGAAUACCAUGAACCGCCAGGGGAUGAUGAUGAUGAUGAUGGUGCUUUGAGGCAUUAUGCUUGUUGCUUUGUUCAUCCGGAAGAAUUUCAGUCCGAGCGGUCUACGACGCCCUACCCGGGACAGUUUCAUCUUGGAGAUCCAAGAUAUAGCCACAAAUUGGUGGAUACCGUUAGUGGUGGAAUCAGCAGCCAUAAGAUAUUAUGGCUCAAGCUGGCUCGCUUGGAAGGAUACAUUGAAGCCAACUACAGCCUCGAUGGUAAAGAGUGGCACAAGCUCAAGGCUGCAAGAUUCUCCGAAGCAGAAACUCUAAGAAUUGGUAUCUUUGGUGCUUCUCCAGGAGGGGGCGAGGGUUUCAAGUGCUCCUUUACGAAUUGGGAAGUGGUGGAGGAUGACGACUUUAGUGAUGCUGAUGAUAUGGAAGAAGUUGAUCCCAAGGAUUCCGCUGCUCCCAGCGAAGGCCCACAGGGAGACUCUGACGGUGAUUUUUCAGAUUGA